GUGAUUGACUGCGAGGGGAUGUCGGUGAUGCCGGGCAUGAUCGACAGUCACGUCCACGUGACCGCGUCCAGCGCGGACCUUCGCAAGCCCGCGUUUAUGACCCCGAGCCUGCUCUACGCCCGUUCCGUUCCCAUCCUGGAAGGAAUGCUCAUGCGGGGCUUCACGACAGUUCGAGACUGUGGCGGAGCUGAUCACGGUUUGGCAGCAGCGACGGAGGAGGGAACCCUCAGAGGGCCGAGGAUCAUUUACUGCGGAAAGGCGCUGUCGCAAACCGGAGGGCACGGCGACUUUCGAGCGGCAGCCGAGAAUCAGCUCCCUUUCGGUUCGUGUCGUUGCUGCAAUUUUACGAUUGGGCGAGUGUGCGACGGCGUCACCGCUUGCCGCGAAGCCGUGCGCGACGAGGUCAGGAAAGGGUGCUCGCACAUCAAGAUAAUGGCCUCCGGGGGGGUGGCAUCCCCGACGGACAGGUUGGAGAACCUGCAAUUUUCAGAAGAAGAACUGAGGGCUAUCGUCGAAGAGGCGAACAACGCUAAAAUAUAUUGCGCCGCCCACGCGUACACUGACGAAGCCAUAGAGCGUGCUGUGCGAUGUGGAGUCCGAUCCAUCGAGCACGGGAACUUUGCAAAGGGGAAGACUCUCCAGAUGAUGCACGAUAAAGAUGUCUUCUUAGUCCCCACGCUGAUCACGUACGAUCGACUGACAAAGGAAGGCGUGGCGGGGGGUAUGCCUCAGGAGCUUGUCGACAAGGUUGGCAAUUUAGUGGAGGAGGGGCAGAGAACAGUAAAGCAAGCGAUUGACCAUAACGUGCGUGUGUGUUACGGAAGCGACCUGCUCGGAGACAUGCACAAGUGGCAGGCGCACGGAAUCGACCUGCACCUGCGAGCUGGAGUGA